AUGUUUAUCAGUGGGCUGUUCGUGUUGGCCGUGGCUCUGUGCUGCACGAACCCCACAGAUGGUUGCGACAGCAACUUCACAUUGGCUCAAGUGCUGACGCUGUGUCAAAUAACAGAACAGCUGAGGGGACUGAAGGAAGUUGUUAUGAAAAUUGGACCGCGAGCUGUUGAGGAAGCAUUGUUUACUUUGAAGGCGAAGAAACGUAGUGAAGUAUCUUUGAGGCGGGCAGAGGAGGCGGCGGAACGGGACCGCAACGCAGGUUUUGCGGCGGAACGGGCAAGGCUGGCGUAUGAUAGCGUUUGUGAGGCCGUUGAGUUUGCUGAGUAUGCGGCGACAAGCAUCGAGGGACGAGCGAGUUCCCUCCUAGUUAUUCAGGAAUAUUAUGUGCCAUUCCUGGAAGAUGUGAUGCUCAGGGUUGGGACGGAUGCGGAAGCUGCGGAAGCCCAAGAAGCCGCCAUGUCAUGUCUACAAACAAAAAGAAGUGUUUCACCAACGUCACUAAGUGAAGCGGCCUUGGAACUCCGGGUGAGAUUAGGGGUCAGAAACUUUAGAGCGUUGAGGCGCGAUCUCCACCGAGCGGCGUUUUGUCUCUAUUCGUUGAAAAAGACGGCCGCGAAGAUUGCGCUGGCCAGAAGUUCAGUAGAGGAAAUAGAGUACCUCAUAAACGAAGCAGCAAAUGAAGCAGAGUGCGUGUCUCCCCCCAAGGGAGGCAUACAGGGACAGUUGCCAUCGGAUGAAAGUGAUUCUUCAAAUUUGGUCACUGUGAUUUCGGCCGUCCCGAUAUGUUGGUUAUUGGCCACCAUUACGCGUGUUUUGUAA